UUAUCUGGACGUCAGUCACAGAGCAGCAGCCUGGGCAGGGACAGUGUGCCGGAGCAGCAGAAACAGUGUCUUCCACAAAUUCUGUCUGCCUGUCCUGGUUAUAUGUUAUGGACGAGAAAGUCGCUGCAACAUGCAAAUCACGGAAUACAUGGUAUUUAAAGGAUUUGACGCUUAUUGAUGGUUUAGAUUACUCACAGGACAAUGCUACUUUCACAAUGCAUUUUGAUGCUGAGACCUUCACUUUGGAAGCCUACAGUACUGCAUCUAAAUAUGCCUUCCUGCGGUGUUUACGCAAGAUGAGCAAAGAAUAUCUUCAACGUGAGCUCCAGUGGAUUCAUUUUGACCAUGAUUUUGUUGGGAAAAGUAGCUCUUGUCUAGGAUCUGAUGAUGCUGUGUUAUCCAUGAAGCUUUGUCUUCAAGUCUUUGGCUGUCUUUGUGUUUGUAGCUGCUUAUAAGGUUUGCUCACCUAUUUAGUAAUGCCAGUGCAGUACGAAAUGGAAUGCAGUUCUCGUACUGUGGUUUGAUGGUAAAUACUAUAUAUAAUGUUUUACACAUGUAUUCUUGCAUAUUCAUAUAUAUUAUAACAUUGGGCCUAUUCAUCAUCACUAAAUGCCCCUUACACAUGCAGAAAUGCUAGUUUAAGCAUAUUUUAUGAAAUGUGACAUUCAUCUUUAGGGGUUUGAUAGGAACACCUGAUAUUCAUCACACUGCCUGCGAGAACAAACGCCAUUAAUGGCACUUGUUCUCGGAGCCCUGCUCUUUCCUAUGGGAAGGAGUUCUGGUGAUGCAAAGAGGGAUACCAGCUGAUUCCUCCUGCGCCUGCUCAUUGUGUGACCAGCGGCUCUGCACAUGCCUGACCUCGGGUCACACAUACACAGACGCUGGCUAUGGGAAUGGUAAUUAUGAGUACGGAUGGUGUAAUGGUUAGCAUUACUACCACACAGCACUAAGGUCAUGGGUUCGAUUCCCACCAUGGCCCUAACUGUGUGGAGUUUGUAUAUUCUCCCCGUACUUGCGUGGGUUUCCUCUGCGUACUCCUCCCACAAUCCAAAAAUAUACUGGUAGGUUAAUUGGCUUCUGACAAAAUUAAACCUAGUAUGAAUGUGUGCGUAUAAAUGUGGUAGGGAAUAUACGAAUAUAGGUUGUAAGCUCCACUGGGGCAGGGACUGAUGUAAAUGGCCAAAUAUUCUCUGUAAAAGCUCUGCGGAAUAUGUGUGUGCUAUAUAAAUAACUGGUAAUUAAUAAUAAUAAUACUAAAGUAGCAGUGCUACUGAUCGCAGGACAAAUACUAUUCAGAGCAGCUGUCUAGCCCCGGAGCAACGCUUAAUUUGCUCCGGUGGUGAGUAUCCCACGUUGCGAGUUGGAUACUUAUCACCUCCCAUAGUGAAUAGGCCCGUAAUCUUACAAUUAUUAUUUAUAUGAUGGCAAUCACUAUAGACAAAAUAUGAUUUAAUUAAUUGCAUAAACUGUUUACUUAAACGUAAGCCGAUGCAUUACAAGUACUACAGUGACCUGCAUGUGUUGAACUGUUUUAACUAAAGCUAAUUCCUGUUUCCUGGCCAUUCUUUUGGUUUGUUUGAUGCUUGCUAGUUACACUGCUCUUAUACUGAGGGGACUAGGGAUCAUUACCUAAUACUGAAUUCAGGUGCAAACAUUACACUAAACAAUAACUUGGUAUCAUUGCUUCUCUUGCACUAUAUAAACACUAAAUAAUUGCUGAUUGGCUGUCCUGGUAUGGAGGGAAAUUACUCAUGUUAAGCUGGCCAUACAUCAGAACAAUAUCAUUCUAGCGAGCCAACUAGCUGGAUACUCUCCAGAGUGGUCAGAGGAGCAUGUGCUGAGCUCUGAUUGGAGGAGCCCUUCAUAUGCUCCUAUGACCCGUAGAGAGGAUCAGCAGCAGAAGCAACCGCAUGGGACUCCUCACUCCCCAGCCUGUCACACCAGCACCUACUGCAGCUUCUACCACACCAGCACCCUGCAGACAUAGGCGCCCACCCACACUGUGAGCAGCUUGUGUGAGGAUGAGCUGAGGAGCAACUAAAGGCUGGCGCCAAGUGUUCCUCAGUCGAAUGCCUUCUCAUCCCUGCCUACAGCUGCUGAAGUAGUCAUGAAGAUCCACCUGCCAGCCUCUUACACAGGUCAGUGGCCUGGAGCAGGACUGUUUCUAGACAAUUUGGCUCCCUGUGCAAGCAUUUAAAAAAAAAUCUGCACCCCCCAUGGACAUAAAAAGUGCCCCCACCCCCGACAUAACAAACUUGACUUUGGCGUGCGCACUCCUGGUGAGGGGGCGUGGCCUUUGCUAAUUUUUGCAUGGCAAAAAUAAGCGUGGCCUCGCAGUAAAAGACUACCUUACACCCCAGUUUUUGACCCUGCCUCAACAGACCUCGGCCACCACUGGAAAAAAUAAACAUUCCUCCAUAUAAAGCCCCACACAGUAAUGCCCCUUGUACCAUAUGAUGCCAUACACCACAAUGCCCUUGAUACAUUAUGCCCUAUAGUAAAGCCUCCAAAUACUUUUAAAUUACCUGCUUGUUACUAGGGGUUUCACGUGCUUGGUCUCAUGCUCAUUGCCAGGGGUUUCACACGCUGGGUGUCAUGCUCAUUGCCAAGGAUUUAUGUGCUUGGUGUCAUGCUCAUUGCCAGGGGAUUCAUGCUCUGGGAUCCAUGCUCAUCGUCAAGGAGAAUGCUUGUUGCCAAGGGGAAUACUCAUUGCCAAGGGGUAGACAAAAUAUGUUUAUAUGUGACCGAUGGUCACGAUGUUGCACCGCAAAUGCAGGGAGGAGGUGGUAUGCACCUCCUCCUGCAUUUACAUUGCUAAGGAUUGGAAAUGCAAAGCUGCUGUGAGCAGCUUUGCAUUUGCAAUCCUUAAUGAAUCAGGCCCCACGUACAGCGGAGCAGCAGCACACAGCACCGAACUGAGGACAAAGAAGGACAUCACCGCUAUGGGGACGCUGACUUGGGAGUUGAGUAAUGACAAGCAGCCCAAAUGUAGGAAAUAUUCUAGUUUUGUUGAAAUAAAUAGACAUUUAGUAACUAGAGCAUUUAUUCAAACUAUCCAUCUACUAGUGUGACAUCACAAGUUGGACAGACCUUUUCUGGACUGAUAAAACGUUGGCUGUUUGACUGGCCUGAUGAAAAAGUUGGUUAGGUGUAUGGGACAGCUUUUUAGUUGGACAGACAAGUUGGAUGGUUGGAGGAAAGUUGGUCUGAUGUACAGUAUGACCCACACUACCGAUGCUGGGGAACUGGAGAAAUCCAACAUGUUGAACAAUCUAGAUUUGGUAAUUCAACCCAAAAGUGGGUGGAAUCGGAGAGUGAGGGACUUUCAACAUGUUAAAUUUCCCUGAUUUCCCAACAGAUUGGCGAUCAACAAUGGGCAAUCGGCGAAUCAGAUCGGCAGUGUAAUAUUGAGUCUCUUAAAGAAGAUUUUGUGUACUCGCUAUGUUAAAAGAUGAGACAAACUCUUUUCAUGAAAAUGUGUUGUCUUCCUAACAAAAAGACUGAGUUUUGUGGCCUGUUUGACCUACAGUAACUUUGCAAACUAACAUUUGCGAUUUGUGUAGAGUUAAAAUCAUUUCAUUUCCAGAUCCCAGACAGCUGGUGUGACAAGCAGAGAGGCCAAAACCACAAUAGGGUUACAGCCAUUUUAUAUCUCAGAUGUCAGACACCCUCAUCUGUCUCAGAGUCCUAUCAUAUGCCUUGCAAUCCUCUCAUGUGGCCCUUUAAAUUCCAUCCCUGGGCCUUCUCAUACUCCUUUAUAUGCCUACAAGUACUGACAUGUCCCUUUACAGGUAAAACUCAGAAAAUUAGAAUAUUGUGCAAAAGUUCAUUUAUUUCAGUAAUUCAACUUAAACGGUGAAACUAAUAUAUUAUAUAGACUCAGUACAUGCAAAGUGAGAUAUUUCAAGCCUUUGUUUGUUAUCAUUUUGAUGAUUGUGGCUUACAGUGUAAGAUAACCCCAAAUCCAAAAUCUCAGAAAAAUGUAAAUAUUACAUAAAGUGAAUAAAAAUAAGGAUUUUAAAUACAGAAAUGUCGGCCCUCUGAAAAGUAUAAUCAUGCAUAUGUACUCAGUACUUGGUUUGGGCUCCUUUUGCAUGAAUUACUGCCUCACUGUGAUGUGUCAUGGAUUCUAUCAGCCUGUGGCACUUCUGAGGUGUUAUGGAAGACCCGGAUGCUUCAAUAGCGGCCUUCAGCUCUUCUGCAUUGUUCGGUCUCAUGUCUCUUAACUUUAUUUAUUCUUCCUCCAGGGGUGUCAUGGACACCCCAAGCGGGAAAAUAGUUGUCGGUAUCCUGGCGCCGGUAUGCUGAGCACCGGGAUCCCAACAGUCGGGAGUACCUCCCCUAUGUAUAGUCCACACAUAACUACACAUGUUUUCUCUUUCUUUACUUCCACAUUCUUCUGACCCCUUGAUAAUAUUGCUGUGUGACUAUAUAAUACAGAAGAAACUCUGCAAUCUGGAUGAUCCAAAAGAUAACACCUAUCCUUGUGUAUCAAUGCCUAUUUCCCUAUAGACUGUAAGCUUGUGAGCAGGGCCUUCCUACCUCUAUGUCUGUCUGUUAUUAACUUUGUUCUAUCACUUUUGUUUCCAAUUGUAAAGCGCAAUGGAAUA